GCCAGCAACCAGCCAGCUCGGGGUGCCUGGUGGUCAUGAACGGCCGGAAGGUUGUGGAGGCCUUGUGGCUGUUUGCGCUACGUGGCGUACGAGCUGAAUAAUUUUCGCGAUCGACAGUGUCUAGAUAUUUCGCAGCUGCCAGCCUCUGCAGACCGGCGCACCAUUCCAAAUUGAGUCGGGCUCCUCCGGGGCCCCCCAGCUGCCAGACAUGAUGGAAGGGGGCGACGCGGUCCAGCCGUCCUCCUUGGCCGUGUUCUUCAGACGCGCCGGUCAGAGCUACCAGCGUAUGCUGGAUGUGUGGACACCAUACACUUUGGCACGGUGGCUGGGGGCAGUGCUGCUGCUGGUGGCGUUUCUGGGGCGCAUCCUGUACCUGCAGGGCUGGUACAUCAUCACCUAUGCGCUGGGCAUCUACCACCUCAACCUCUUCAUUGCCUUCCUCACGCCCAAGGUGGAUCCGGCCCUGGGCACCGACGACUACGAGGACGGUCCAGAGCUUCCCACAAAGGUCAAUGAAGAAUUUCGACCGUUCAUUCGUCGAUUACCAGAGUUCAAGUUCUGGUAUUCGGCCACCAAGGCAACGCUGGUGGCAAUAGCGUGCACAUUUUUUGAUGCAUUCAACGUGCCCGUGUUCUGGCCCAUCCUGCUGCUCUACUUCAUCACACUAUUCUGCCUCACCAUGAAGCGGCAGAUCAAGCACAUGCUGAAGUACCGGUACCUGCCGUGGACCCAUGGCAAGACGCAAUACCGGGCACGGGACAUGGCUAGUGGCUCGCUCAAGUGAGGACCUCUCUUGCCUCCUGCUGCAGUGUCCAGGAGCUGUGAUGAGGCUGGCGACUGCGGGACCUGUUUUUGCAGAAUUGCACCCCUGUCGGUGAGGACGGGAUCGAUUGGCAACGCUUAGCGGCGGCAGUGGAUGCCCGCCCUGUUGUGUGUCGUCAAUAAACCGGAGUGGGCCACCAGGAUGGGCACACUCCCACUUUGU